UUGAAAAUCAUCAUCAAAAUUCAAUAAUUAAAAAGACUUACUCAAAUCAAUUGAAUUGCCGAAAAAACACCAAUAAUCUUCAUCAAGAUAAACAGUUGCCUAUUAAAUACUGGUUAAUGAGGCACUUGUUAUUUACAAAUUUUGAUCGCGGUAUUCUUUUGGACACAGAGAGCUUCUAUUCGGUCUGUCCGGAGGUAUUAAGUUAUCAUAUAGCAAAGCGUUGUAAAAAUAACAUAGUGUUGGAUCCUUUUUGUGGAGCUGGUGGUAAUAUUAUACAGCUAGCAAAAACAUGCAAACGAGUUAUAGCAUGUGAUAUUGAUCCAGAUAAGAUAAGAUUAGCACGGCAUAAUGCUGAGAUAUAUGGUGUUGCUCAUAAAAUUGAUUUUGUAGUUGGUGACUUUUUUCAAAUUUACCCAAAGUUAAAAGCAGAUGUAGUAUUUAUGUCACCGCCAUGGGGUGGACCAGGAUAUUCAAUUGAAAAAAGCUACAGUUUAACGUCUAUGUGUGACAAUUAUUUCGGGGGAGGUUUUGGUAUUUUUGAUAUUGUUAAAACUAUUGCGCCUAAUAUUGCAUUUCAUAUGCCGAAAACCACAAAUAUAUUAGAAUGUAUGUGGUUGGCAAAUGAUUUUGGUAAAGUGGAAAUUCAGCAGAAUAUUAUUAAUGGAAGACUGAAUUCAAUCACAGCAUUCUAUGGAGACUUUCACUCAAGUAACUGA